AUGCAGCUUGCUGUUGGCGUCCAUCCAGCGCUCGUGCAACCGUUUGUGUUCUGGCGCAGAGGCCGCUUUGCUUUCGGGAGAUUUCCCACUUGUUGCACCCGCUGCUGUGGUCCAGAAGGGCCUCAUACGCGAGAUUGUGCCGAAAAGGGUCAACUGCAUGCGAAGAGCACUCCAGCAGAUAUGGAGCAGAACCUUCGUAUUCUGCUCGAGGAGUGGCGGCAAGUCGGUGCUAUGCAGACCGGGCAGGAGGAGCAGGACGUGAUUCGGAACCUGGCAGAAUCUGCAAAUGUCGAUCCGAAGGCUGUCCAGCUGCUUUGGCUCUCCGUGGCAAGACAAGCCAGGCCCGCUUGCGAGCCGACUCCGACCGUGUACCCCGAGUUGGCGAAGAAGCAUCAUGGCAUGAGCGUCGAAGUCGUGGACCUGGGACAGUACAGCGAGAAGCAUAGCAACUCUUGCAUGUUCCUGACCUGUGCGAUCACUUUGGCAGAUCGGCGACUCCAAGGUCGCGAAGAUGCGCAGCUUCUGGGGACCCUUGGUGACCAGAUCGAAGCCAUUGCACCAACUGCUCAGGCCAUCCCCAAGCUCAUCGACAAACACCUGCAAGACAGGUGCAGCACGCUAGGUCGCAUGGCAGAUGCCCUCCGGCAUGCGGCUUGCGAGUUGCUGCGGGAUGACAAGGAGUUCUUCCUUCCGUUCUUCCAUCCUGUGCAUUUACCUGAUGCAGGAACCCCUCCCACCUACGACAGAUGGGUGGAGUCGCUGCGUGGAAGCGAGGAAGGUGACGAACUCGUGAUUCUCGCGCUGGCGAUGCUCUGCGGAAUGGCAGUGCAGCCUGUGCAGAAAAGCGGCUACCGAGUCCCGGUCAUGGAUCCUUGCGAUGCCAAAGAGUCCGCCAUCCUGGCACUGAGCUGUCCUCGAGGCAAAGACAACUCCAUCCACAGGCGCAAGAGGGGAAAGACGUACUCUUUUGUGGAGCUGGGGAGCACCGAAGAAGACGAGGAGCAUGCCGGAGACCGGGGAGGACCGCACAGGCAAAGUGAACCUGAGGUUGUUGACGUCGAGGCGCCGAUGCCGAUGCAUGGCUUCAAAGGACAAAACGAAACAACCGCUCGACCGGCGACUGACACUGAUCUUCUCAGCGUUGAUGCGGACGACGGUGCGGCGAGCACCGAGUCUAGGUCGAAGUCGGUUGCGCAGGCGGUGGCCGAGGCAGUGGAUGCCGUCGAGGCUGCUGAGGCAGCAGAAGCAGAAGUGGAGGCCAUCAUGAAGGAGGAGGUACUCCGGCGUGCACUUCUAGACCCAGAGGGUGAAGCCAGGAGAAGGAGGGUGUUAGCAAGAAAGUCGCAAAGUGGACGACGCAGGUGGAACUUUGCGGGGCGGGCCGCGCGUGCCCGCUCUGGAGACGAUCGUUACCGGGAGCACGAGGUAGAUUUAGAAAGUCGCAGAAAGCUUGCCUUCCAUGCACGGGGGCGUUUCAGAGGUUCUGUUGAAGAUCAGGGGGAUGAGCGGCAGAGCGGAAACAUGGACAAGCAAAGAGAGGCAUUGAAAGCGCAGCUUGCUGGACGUCCCCGUGUGCCAGCUCGCCAGGAAAGGAAGCGCAUCCGCAGUGACCGGAGCCCACACAAGGGAAAUCAUGGCGGUCGACGUGGAAGAGGGUGCCGCGAAGGAAAGCCAAAGCGAUUCAGGUUGCCACCCCUCGAUUUUCCAGAGCUUCCAAUACUGAUAGCCGAUGGAGACGAUCAAGUCGUGAUUCCGGAAUCCAGGGCAGGCAAUCUUCCUGCCGUCAUUCAAAUCGAUCGAGAGUGUCGUCAGGCAAGGGCAUCGGAGCUGGAGAAGAUGCGGGGAGAGCUCGCCAUGGAGCUGGAGGUUGUGCAGAAGGAGCGUGCCGAUGCGGCAAUAGAGCUGCGCCAAAGCUGCGUGGCGGAGGCAGAGGCCGUUGAACGGCUCCGGCAAGCUCUGACAGCUGCUUUUGGCAGCGUCGAUGACUAG